AUGCACCCUGAGGCCUCGGAGCCAGUGGCAAGCGAGGGAGCGGGGCAGGACUGCCCCGUGGAGCCUGGCGUGGAGGCGUCUGCGGGGGACCACGGGAGCGCAGGCCAAGGGGGCCGCAAGGAAGAAAUUAACAAGUCCAAGGAAACAUAUGUGGCUCCUUCUAACACAUCCCUCCAAAGCAAGCAGAAACAAAGUGGUGAUGGCAGGUCAGACAGUCGCUUAGGACACCCACGAGACGACAGGGAUGACCGAAGCCCCAGAAUGACUAAAAGUUUCCUGCAAAAACUCUGCAAGCAACACAAGCUUUACAUGACCCCAGCAUUGAAUGACACGCUGUAUUUACACUUUAAAGGCUUUGAUCGCAUCGAGAACUUGGAAGAAUACACGGGGCUGCGCUGUCUUUGGCUGGAGUGCAACGGGAUACAGAAGAUUGAGAACCUGGACUCCCAAACCGAGUUGCGGUGCCUCUUCUUGCAAGUGAACUUGAUUCAUAAAAUCGAAAACCUAGAAUCUCUGCAAAAACUGGAUGCCCUUAACCUCAGCAACAAUUACAUCAAGACCAUUGAAAACCUCUCCUGCCUUCCAGUCCUGAACACACUACAGAUAGCGCACAACCAUUUAGAAAGUGUGGAAGACAUUCAGCAUCUAAGGGAAUGUUUGAAACUUUGCGUCCUUGACCUCUCCCACAAUAAGCUGAGUGAUCCCGAGAUCCUGAGCGUUCUCCAGAGCAUGCCCGAUUUGCGUGUACUGAAUUUGAUUGGAAACCCAGUUAUUAAGCACAUUCCUAAUUAUCGGAGGACAGUUACUGUUAGACUAAAACACUUAACAUACCUGGAUGACAGACCCGUUUUUCCAAAAGACAGAGCUUGUGCAGAGGCCUGGGCUAGGGGAGGGUACGCAGCUGAGAAAGAGGAGAGACAGCAGUGGGAGAGCAGAGAGCGGAAGAAGAUCGCAGACAGCAUAGAAGCCUUGGCGAUGAUCAAGCAGCGGGCUGCAGAGAGGAAAAGGCAGAGAGAAGCCCAAGAGAAAGAGGAGAUCUUGCUGCCAAAGGACGAAAAGGAAGUGGGUGCUGAGGAAGAAGGAAAGGAAACGCCGCCUGUGGACCAAGAAACGCAGCAGAAGAUGGAGAUGUUUGUUAAGGAAAGCUUUGAGGCAAAGGACGAGCUAUUCCCAGCAGAGUCCAGUGGAGAAAGGAAGCUGCCUGUGGAGGCUGAUGGGGAGGAGACUGAAGAUCAGGAGCCAGGAGGGGCACUCCCAGCCAGACCUCUGACCCCGCCAGCUCUGGGUGCUGUUGAGGAAGAUUCAACUCCCCACACUGUGGCCACUGAGGGUGCAUUAGUUGCAGAACUCGAUGGAGCUGAAGAUAGAGAAACCAUUGAACUGGAGACAAAGUUCUUCAUUGAUGACCUACCUGACUUGGAAGACAUUGAUGCCAGCGAAUUUCUCGGCGACCAGGACAAGAAAAUGUGCUUUCCGAAGAUUGAAACAAUUCCAAGCUUGAGUGAUGACAGUGACCCAGAAUUGGACUACACGUCACUCCCAGUGUUGGAAAACGUGUCCACAGACACCCUUUCAAAUAUAUUUGCAAUUUCUAAAGACAACCCAAAGAAGGCCGAGAUCCCCUUUACAGACAUAUUUAAAAUAGAAGCAGAAGGGGCCUUGGAAAUCCAAAGUAAAGACACAGAGGCCCCCCGACUGCUGAUUGAAGAGCUCAGUGACAGGACUUUAGACCAGCUGCCGAUGCCCCCAACCUGCGAGAGAGAUACCAGGCCAGUCCCUUCCAAUGAUGGGGAUAGCAACAUGCUCCCAGCCUCACCACCAGGAAACGAUGCUGGAAAGAAUGAAGUGCGGUCCAAGCUAGAGCCCAGGGUGCCCACAGAGCCCAGUGAGAGGGAUGACCGCGAGGACAUUGAAUUUGGGUUGGACUGA